CUCCAUCUCAAAAAACAAAAAGGCCAGGUGCUGUAGCUCACGCCUGUAAUCCCAGCACUUUGGGAGGCCAGGGCGGGCGGAUCACGCAGUCAAGGGAUCGAGACCAUCCUGGCCAACAUGGUGAAACCCCGUCUCUACUAAAAAUACAAAAAAUUAGCUGGGUGUGGUGGCGCGCGCCUGUAGUCCCAGCUACUCGGGAGCCGGAGGCUGCAGUGAGCCAAGGUGGCACCACUGCACUCCAGCCUGGCAACAGAGAGACCCUCUGUCUUAAAAAAAAAAAUCCCAUUCUCGCUGGUUGGAGAAAGAAGACUUAGUUUACACUCCGACAAAAUCAGAAAGUUGUGCCAGGCCAUGUUAUAAUCAAAAGUUAAAUCUGUGUGAUUGGUCUUAAUAGGUUUCUAGGGUAGUUAAAAAUAAAUCGGUAAGUUCAACUCUUUGAAGUUUCUAACAGGAAACCAGAUUGAAACUAGGUUCCAUUACCAAUAACGUUUGUAUGGGAUGGUGUGAUCCGCAAUAGAGUAGGCAGUCAUGGGGACUGGUAUAAAGGUUGGGAGGGAGAGACCCUAAAAAUCCACGGCCCUUCAGCCGCCGGGGACUUCACGGUGAUUAGCCCGAGGUGCCCAUCAACUAGGGCCUGAAGGACCAGCCCCGUGCCCCGCCCAUCGCUGUCUGAGAUUAGGACAAAGGCGAGACAGCGGAGGGGAGGGCGCUCCAGGGAAGCCGACCAGGGGUCGAUUUCUUCAGUUGCGGGCCGCUCCCAGCGCCCGGGAGAUGAGACGACGCGAGACUGGCGGCUUUGUGGCGCGCGGGUUCCAGCGCGGGGGAGGGGAGAGCGGGGGAACAGAGGUCCCCGCGCCCCUACACUCCGCCUGGCUGCGGGCGCCGCGCAUGGCCAGCCUCUUGCGGUCAGGCUUCCCGGCGCGCACUAACAGCCGCCUGGAUGUGUUCCUGCGGCGGCAUUUGCAGCCGGAGGUCUACGACGCCGUCCGAGCCUGCGAUCGCUGCAUAGUGGUGUCCAACUCGGAGAACCACACCCUCAAGUACGUGGUGCUCAGUGACCGGUUCAUCUACCUGACCGAGAACCCGCCGAAAUCCAUCCGGCGUGUCGUGGCUCUGCGGGACGUCGUGGCUAUUGACCUGAUUGAUGAUUCCCCAGAAUUUUUGAGUGCACCAGAUAGAGAAAUCAGCCAACACAUUCGUAUCAUUUAUUCUUCAACUGUUUUGAAAAAAGAGUGCAAAAAGUCAAAAGGUGUCAAGAAAUUCCUAUUUCCAUUUCAUCAUACUAAAGCUAACAAGAAAGUCAAGGAAGAAAAGAAUGGCCCUGUCUUUUGGAGAAGCAAAGAGCCCAGAAAUCUGAAUGAAUCUCCUCCCAGGGAUCACCAGGAGAGCAGUACACCAUCCAAGGACUCGACUCUCUAUCCUCAUUCAGACCUCAAAAAGCUGUCCUUUCAUGGCCAAGGUGCCUUUCGACCCCUACCUUCCCCCUCCAGGAGGAGCUCUCAGUCUGCAGCAGCUACUGGCAAGGCUGUCAGCGAGCCAUCGUGCAUAACAAACACAAAGGAACCCCAGGGACUUCCAGAUCACAACGACUCCAUAAGUGAAAUUCCUUUCAAGUGCAAUGGGAACGGAAAUGAGUUUUACUUAGGAAAUUCCCUCCUAGAUUCCCCUUCACAGAGCAACUCAAACCUAGAAAAAAAGGAGUCAGAACUUCAUUUGUAUGUUAUUUCCAUAACCUCAUCAAUAUUUCUGCACUUAAAAAGUUCGUGGAACAAUUAUAUUAUAAAAGCUACCCUUUUACAAGAUCCCCUCUACGUUAGUGAGUUCAGUCCUGUUAUUGGAAGUCAAAAGCUAUAUAGGACUGAGGAGAAAAUUAAGCACUUCAGCCAACUUAAAUCUGAGCUUUUUCUUAAAGACAAAUCUUUGAGGAGGAUACUUUCUUUAAUUAUGGAACUUAAAGUAGCAGCCCAGAAAAACUUCAUUCUGAAAAGACUUUUCUGGAAGACCAGUGAUCUUUUCUAUUUCCUAGUAAACAAACUUCAUGAGUACUUGCCUGCGUCUAGGGAUAAGAAUGGACUUCAAAAUCAAAGCCAAAGGGUUGAGGAGCUGGUGGCAUGCAUUGAAAUUAUACAGAUCCUAGGACUGAUGUUCAGAGAAACAGAAACUGAGUUAUCACGCCUGAACACAUUGGCAGCUAAGAAGGAAACAUUAUUGAAUCUCUUGGUAAUUUUAAUUAGCGAGCCUCAGAUUCCAAAAUCUUGUCCCAUAUUUAAUAUCCAGUCGGUGGCUGAUUCAGCUUUAGUCGAAAUGUCUUUUGAUGCUGAGUUACAGAAGCUUAUUCUGGAGUAUACAGAUACGGCUACGGCACUUUUAUAUGAGAUACUUCUUGUCUUUCAGCAGGGAAAUCUUGGAUUGGGAUCCACAAAGUUUGCUAUUAGCUGGAUGAUGUCCUUUCUACAAAGUUGUCCUCCCAUUAUUACUUUUGUGGCCAGUAUUGUGAAACAAGUGGUGAGGGGGCUUUCAGCUUCAUUUCAGCUGCUAAGUCCCUGCCAAGCUGUUCUGUUGUACCAGCAAUUUUACAUCCUCAAGAGCUGUCUGCGGCAUAGCAGGACUCUAGCUGAGUAUAUUAGGAAUAACUACAGAGAAGAAUUCAGGUACUUUAUUCACAUGCCAGCCUUGAAGAAAAGGCUCCCAUUGUGUUACCCCAUUACUCAACCUACCACUCAACUUUUUCAUGAAGUUCUGAAAUUGGUUGAAUAGAAACAAUGUAUACAAUGUUGACUAGAGUGUAAAAUGUUAAUCAAGAGUCAAUUUGAUAUUCAUGAGGAACUUUUUUUGAUUUGUUUAAUAUCCGGCUAUCUCUGAGUCCUAUAAACAAAGAUUUUAAUGGAAUGUGCCAUCAAUACCUGUCUAAGAGAAGUUUAAAAUUUUCAAAAAGAAAUUUGCUUUAUUAUAA